AUGAAAUUUACCCUUUUUAUCUUUCUCCUCCUACAUGUUUAUGCUUCUCUCAGAGCUUCCAUCGUAAAUCCUGAAGCCUACAUGAAUUUCAUUGAAUAUUGUCAAUUUUUACGCUACCCAGUAACCCCUUAUUGGGUCACCACCCCAGAUGGUUACAUUCUUAAUCUGUUUCGCAUAGGGAAAAAACAUUCAAAAACCUUUAACAAAGGGACUCCCAUUUUCAUGCAGCAUGGACUUGUAGACUCCUCUGAUGACUGAAUUAUAAAUGACGAAGACCUAGCCCCUGGCUUUAUUUUAGUAAAUUUAGGGUAUGAUAUCUGGUUCGGAAAUACCCGUGGGAACCAUCAUUCAAGGAACCACACAACGCUAAAUCCAAAUACAGACCCACUGUUUUGGAAUUACACUUGGAAUGAGAUGGCUGAAUAUGACAUUCCGACUGAAAUUAAUUUUGUGUUAUUCUUUAUUAUAUAAGAUUAAUAAUUAAAAAAAUUAUUUUUAUAAAAAAGAUUUUCAUAGCAAAAUAGCAUAAAUUUCACUGGCUAUCAGAAAUUAGUUUACAUCGGCCACUCACAAGGGACAACUAUCAUUAUGGCCCAUCUAAUAGAGCACCCAGAAUUUGCAUCAAAAUUAGCAGUUUCUAUUUUACUAGCCCCAAUCGCAACAGUUAUGCAUCAGACUUCAAAAGUCCUUGCUGAUGCCAAUCACCCUGAAUUUUUUGACCUGAUGGCAAUGUUUGGGAUUGACGAAGUUUUUAAAAAAGAUUCCCUUAUAAUGCCGUGGGUUUGCGAAUAUUUAAAUCUCGUCUGCAAAGAUGUAGUUGACAUGAUCGCAGAUUCUGAUGGAAACGUAGACAACAACGAAAGGCUAGACGUUAUUAUGGGGCAUUAUCCCAGCUCAGACUCUUUAAAAAACAUCAAAAUGUGGAGCCAAAUGGCCUUAUACAAAGAGCCAAGAAUGCAAAAAUUCGACUAUGAAGAUCCUAUUAAAAACUACGAAAUCUACGGCUCAGCAAAGCCGCCUGUUUAUAAUUUGACAAGCCUGACCUCAAAUUUUGGACUUUUUGGAGGAGAAUAUGACAGACUUGGCGACCAAGUUGACGUCCAAUGGCUUAAGUCACAAAUAGUAAACGCCAAUAUUAUGUGGUACAAAGACGACUAUCCCCUCGGACAUGGCACUUUUAUGUGGUUCAAAAAUUCUACAUGGUUUAACGACGUUAUUUCAUUAAUUAAGAAAGUAGUUUAA